GUCGGCCGUCCUUGGAAGAGAGAAAGACAGAGAGGCACGCGUCUUCUGCGCCGUUGGUUCCUCCGCUUGACAUCUUUUUGCAAGCGAUCCCUCAACUUUCAAAAUUGGCCCUCUUAAACCGUAAUGGCCGAUAAUGACAAAUCAGAAACCUCUGGCGAGCCUCAAGGCCGCCAUGUAACCUACUGCGGUGUCUGCACCCUUCCCCCAGAGUAUUGCGAAUAUGGUGGUACGGUAAAGAAAUGCCAGGACUGGCUUGAAAAGCAUCACCCCGACCUAUAUGCCAUAAUCUGGUCACCAGAGGCUUUGGAAGCCGCGACUGCAUCCCUCUCCGUCGACGCCCAAAAGCGAGCUGCCAAAGACGCACAGAAGAAGGCAGCCAAGGCUGAGGCUGCAGAGGCCAAACAAGCCGACAAGCUAGCCAAGAGUGUCGUCACCAUCAAGAGGAUCGAACGCAACAAGAGAAAGUACGUCACGUCUGUCUCCGGUCUGGAGUCGUUCGGCUUGGAGAACAAGAAGGUUGCCAAGGAGUUCGGAAAGAAAUUUGCGACUGGAUCAUCCGUAACCAAGACUCCGAGCGGCGGUGAGGAGAUCGUGGUGCAAGGCGACGUCAGUGACGAAAUUGAGGAGUUUUUGUUGGAGAAGUACAAGGAGAUACCCGAGGAUAACAUUGAGCUGGUGGAGGACAAGAAGAAGAAGGCCAGCGCGCCGGCUUGAGCCAUCAGGAAAGGGGCGAAGACUAAUUCAUCAAUUGAUUAUGAG